AAGACAAUCAACUCGAUUGGCCGGACGCGGUUAUCGAGCCGACGCUUGCCCAUUAUCCUUACCCGUCGACCCUCCCUUAUCUUCUCGCCAAUCCUCCCGUCAAGCCGUCCUGCCUGUCCAUAGUUUCGAGCUGCCACCUCAAGCCGCCUUGUCCACUCGCACACUCCGUCAGUAUGGCUGACGUAGACGAUGAACUCUUGGCCCUUGUCGGCGGCGAUGAGUCUUCCGAUGACGAAAUAGACCCGGGCAUGAACACGAGCCCUUCGGCCUCUGCCUCCCCCGAGCCUGACCCCGAUACCCACGCCUCGACCAUGUUGAAACAGAAGAGAGAUCAAGAUGACACAGACGAGGAAGAGGGCGAGGCUUCUUCGAUAGGUUCCCCGGCCUCGCAGAACUCGGCCCCCAUGGACGAGUCCGACUCGGAAUCCGACGUGUUCCAGACCACCCACGCCGCCAGCAAGAUGGAUGGCGGCGAUGAUACCAAGUACCCUGUCGAUGGCAUCUAUGCAAGCGAAGCGGAGAAAGACGAGAUUCUCGGCAUGCCCGAGCUUGAGCGAGAACAGUUACUAGCCAAACGUCAGGAGGAGGUCGAUCGCCAGCGACAGAACACGUUACUGCGACGACUUUUGAAAACGAGAGAAGACGAUAGUCAGUCGGCCAAGAAGCGCAAGGCCGGUACUGCAGACCUUGAUGAUACCCAGCGCAAGACCUCGCGGCAGCGGACCCGGGUCGGAGGCUCCAAGGUGGGCGAGACCAGCGCCGGCAUCGAAUCUCUGCGCCGAGCGCGCGCCGAAAAGAGUGACCGCAUGCGCCGUAGAGAGGAGGACCGGGAGCGCAACAAGGGAAAACUGCACUCGACAUCGCGCGACCCGGAUCACGACCGCGACGGCGAUAGCGACGCCGACUGGCCCCGCACAUCCAAGGAGAGGCGCUCCAAGUCCCGGACCCCCGAGGUCAAGGAAAUUCCGCUUGCCGACCUGCGCGACAUAGAGCGCAUACGGCUAGGACGCAGCCGCUUCUCUCAGGUCUGCUUUUAUCCUGGCUUCGAGCAAGCCAUUGUCGGAUGCUAUGUCCGUGUGGCUAUCGGCCCGGGCUCCGAUGGAGUAGGUGUCUAUAGGAUGGCACUUAUCCGGGGAUUCGCCCAGGGAAAGCCGUACGCUAUGGAGAAGCAGAAUGGUCAAACUUUCGUCACGGACCAGUAUGUUCAGGUCGCCCACGGCAAGGCCGAAAGGGAGUGGCCGUUCAUCAGUUGCUCUGACUCUCCCUUCACCGAGACCGAAUACACCCGCUAUCAGAAAGUCUGCCAAGAAGAAGGCGUCGUCUUCCCCAAGAAACCUACCCUCAGCGCCAAGAUAGACGACAUCAAUGCCCUCAGAAAUCGCUCCUGGACCGAUGCUGAAGUUAAUGCCAAGAUCGAGCGGGAACGAGCUCUGCGCAGCAAGUACGCGCCCACGGAGCGAAACCGACUGCUCAAGGCGAUCGAGGACGCUAGGCGUGGCGGGGACGAAACCAAGGUGACGGGACUGCAGGACGAACUGGACUCUCUAGAGACGCCGCGGCUGGCUUUUAGGACGACCUUGACGCCGGCGAACAAGCCUGCGAGUUCCACGCCCUCUCAGCAGGACCGCCUCGCGGCUCUGAACGCCGAGAAUCGUCGACGCAAUGCGGAGCAGGUACGCCGGGCGCAGAUGAAGGAGAAGGCCAGGGCGCGUCAAAUCGAGGCUCGCCUCGCUCGCGGAGAGGACGUCGAGGAGGACACGUCCCGUCGCCUCAGGACGAAGCCCAAGUUCAUGCAGGACGUCAACGAGACGAACGGGCGGACCCGGGAAAAAUCUGCCACCGCCAACGGGAGUGGUACAUCGACUCCGGCCUCGACGAACGGAACGAAGCAGGGCUCCGCCCCUACGAAAACGACGGUGCUCCCUCACAUCCAGAAACUCCAGAUGCAGAACCACGGGGCGGGCAAGGACCAGAAGGGCAUCCCGCAGAUCCAUCGCCCCAUCGUGGACGACGAGAUCAUCGCCUCUCUAGAUCUCGAGAUAGACGUCGAGAUCGACUAAACGCCGCCUAGAG